AUGGACUCAUUAGGGGAAGGAUCUGCCAUGUUGAAUAUCGAGAUGCUAGGUCACGACCAGGCCCGCAGUGUCGAUGAGUUAUGGGCAGGAAAAUCCGACAUCAAGGAACGACGCAAACUGCAGAACAGACUCAAUCGGCGAGCUUACAGAAAACGCCAGUCAGAUUUGAGGGUCCAACAAAUUCAAGAACAGCCUUUCGAUGCCACGCAGAAUGUAUCUGGCCAACGAUCGAAGAGGCGCAAGAUUCCCGGCUCGCGUGUAUUUUCGAUCAACAGAGAAGAUCCAACGCAAAAACGCGGCCAAAUCUUCUUGAAAGAUCUUGUCCAAUCCUCAAAGCUGUCACCAGUGUUAGCCUUCAGCAUCAGUGAAGGCGUCGCAACGCCUUCCUCUCAGGAAUCGCCUGACGGUCGCUCAUCCACAGAACCAUGGGAUGAACCCUUCCAGCACACGACUGAACAAGCCUUGACGCAGCCCGAGAGGUUUGGCGACAUCCUCGAUGCUGCCUCCAGCACCCCAGGGUCACAUGCUGCACUUUUUGAGCAGAAUUUGAACGUGUUCGACGACGGAUUGUCAUUAUAUUCGCCUUCAUCUGACGGCCUUCUUACAUUGAUAUACUACAAUGUCUUUCGGGGGCUAAGCAAGAACAUACGGGCGCUGAAAUUGGACCUCAAUCUGAUGCGGACCCUGGAUUACCAGUCACCGUUCAUAACUGGCAACAUUGAUCUGUCAACGCUCCCGCCCGACUUUCAGCCCACAUUGCUACAACAAACUAUUCCUCACCAUCCUUGCUUUGAUAUCUUUCCGGAUCCUGUUCUGCGAGAUAAUGCGAUCCGCAGCUGGGCCGCCGAUCUACCAUUCGGCAAUCUGUGCAUUAAUUUAGCGGGGAGAAGCCACUGGCAGGAGAUCGACUUUUCACAAAGACAUGGCUGCAUCUUAUGGGGUGCGGCAGACAGUGCAGAUAGCUGGGAGGUCACUGAGGCAUUUGCUAGCAGGUGGCCUUACCUGGUCAAAGGUACUUAUCGCCUCCAAGCGGCAACCAACAAAUGGCGAUCUAUGCGAGGAGAACAGCCAAUUUAUUUCGCAUAA